UAUUUUUAAUUUAUCAUAUAUCGAUACAUUAAUGUAUUUUUCCCAUCCCUAAUGAUGGGCAAAACAUGAGUUUGGAUGCCGAAAAUGUUGAUGAUUUUAUACAAAACAAACUUUUCCGCACCCGGGGGAAAUGUGCUAUUUAUGCCCGCCAAUCUGAUGUUUUCGUCGCGGUGAAGCAGAAGCCAACGCUCCGAGCCACUGCACCCACUCUGUCCAUGGCGGAGAGCGGGGUGAUUAAUGUGCGGCACGACAUUUGGUUCCACAUAGCCAUGCACAUCGAUCCGGAGGAUGUGCAGGCGUUCGCUCUGAUAUGCAGGGAGACUGCACGGUUGGUGGCCUCUCGAGCCUUCUGGCGGAAUAUGUACCGGCGCCACUGCACCGGCGUCACCUCGGGUUGGAACCUGGAGCUGCCCGCCCAGCUGCAGCUCGAGCAGAUACGCAACUGUGAUACACGAGCCUUGAGAUCGCUGGUCAUCGAGGCACUCUUUCACUGCCACCGACCUCUAAAGGUCCGCGUGGAGCUGGGCUACCACCUGGACUGGCUGCUGGAGCGCGUCUUCGUGUCCUGCUGGCAGAAGCAGUACCAGUGUCUGUGGAUAAUGUGCUACAAGUUCUGGAACCGCCAGCCGUAUGUGCAAAUGCGUGAAGAAUCGGAGGAGGAUAAGGAACACUGCCAAGUAGUCAACGAUUGGGAGGCUCUGGUCGAAGACGAUGCGGGGGACCAAUUGGCUCCUGCUCAGGGAAAUACCAAUGAGGGAGUCGUUCUGUUGAUUGUCCUGUGCCGCCAGUUUGUGCCCACGCCCUCGCAGCUUUCGUAUGGCCAGCAGGGAGCCCGUUAUCGUCUGCGUGCCACCCGGGAACUCCUCUGCACGGACAUGUGGGCCAAGAAUCUAGAGCUGGACUUUGCCGAGGACAGAAGUCAAAGUGUGUCCGUGACCGUGAAGUAUCCUCGCAUCUCAAAGUACAAAGUAUUGCCCUGGUGGCAUCCAGAUUUCCAGAGAUUCGUGAAAUAGACUCAUCCAUCCCGUACCUGAAGCCUCGCCUUAUCUGCCCUUACUGCUGCAGGUCAUCACCACUGAGUUUGUUAUCUGCUCGCGAACACUAUUUAUGUACUUGUUCUGUCGUUAUCUCGAGAGCUACUUUCUGUACCAAGAAACAAGUGUAUCGACA